CUCUGCCAAAGGGAUCCACUGAUAACCCGAGAGGUAGAGGGAGGGAACUCAGAGUGCCAGCCUGAAGCAAGGCACACGCAAGGGGAGUCCUGAAGGAGCUGCACCCAUAAUGGAGGUAGUCAGAGCAGGUCUCCUUUGCCUGCUGCUGCUGGGGAGCUGGGCCCAGGGGCCUCUUCCCUCUGAAGCCUCUCCCCUCUCCCAGGAGGGAAACCUUCCCCUAAGCGAGGACCUUCUGCUGCCGGAGAUCGGUGAGACCACCCCACCUCAUCCUGACGUCCACCUCAUCCGAAGCAAGCCAUCUGCUCAUGUGAGGCCGUACAGCCUGUCCCGCUCCCCCAGUGACUACCACUACUCUCCCAAGCCCAAGCAUCUCAGGGCCCCUCGGUUGUUGAAGCUCCUGGGCCCCUCGUACGACCCCUUCUGGAUGUCCCCGCAGGAUCCACGAGGCCGCAACACCAGCCUGGAGCAGCUGGGCACCCUGAGCCAGGACCUGGCCGAUGGCACCAGCCGUUACCGGAAGAAGCUGCUGCGGGAGGCUGAGAACGUGGAGCUCCCUCGUCUGCUGCCCCUUGAGGAAGGGUUGGCCAGUAACCUCAGUCAAGCUGUCGCCCACCGCCUCCGUCAGUGGCUGGUGGAUAGCGCCACCUGCUCUCUGACCUCGUCUUGGGUGGAUCUGGGGCCUGUGUUCUGGCCACGUUGGGUCCGCCACACGGAGUGCGACACCUCCCACACUGGCUGCUCCUGGCCGCCUGGCAUGACCUGCCGCCCCGCCCAGUUCACCCACAUCAAGCUCCUGGUCUGGCACUGCUGGAUGAGCAAGGACCCUGUCAUAAGCAUGGGCAGGAUGCUCCAGCAAUGCACUUGGAGACAGAUCCCCUACCCAGUAGUGUCUGCUUGCAAGUGCUCCUGUCGGUAA